AUGGGGGACGGGGGUCAAGGGUCAAUUUCAGCACAUGUUGUGCAGGUGUACCUAAUGAGGUGGCCUGCCUGGGGGGCAAAGGCCCCUCCCCUCCUGUCCAGCAUCACUACUAAAGUCCUGCAGCAUCCCGCCGCUCACAGCUUGAAGAUGACGAGGAGCGCCGUCUUCCGGGUGUUGCUGCUCCGCCUGGUGCUGGCGGGCGACGCCCCCAAGCUGCAGAUUGGCUUCCAGGCUCCGUGGAACGCCACCUUCCCCUUCAGCGCGCUGAAUCUGGGCGCCGCCAUCCAGAUGGCCGUGGACAAGGUCAACGCCGACCCGUCCCUGCUGGGCAACUACAGCCUGGCCUUGGUCUACGCCGACACGGCCUGCAGCCCCAAGCGCUCCCUGGGGGUCUUCAUCCAGCAGGUGUGGAGGGACAACGUGUCCGCCGUCUUCGGACCGGCGUGUCCCGAAGAAGCCGAGGUAACCGGCCUCAUCGCCUCGGCGUGGAGCAUCCCCAUGUUCGGCUUCGUGGGCCAGUCCUCCAAGAUGGACGACACCGGCGUCUACGACUCCUACGUCAACCUGGUGCCGCCCCUCAAGAGGAGCGCCGAGGUCCUGACCCGGACCCUGGACUUCUUCGGCUGGACCCACGUGGCCAUGAUUGGCGGCGGGCUGGAUUCCAACACCUGGGACAAAGUGGACGCUCUGUGGAAAACCGUGGAGACGCCGCUGCGGUCCAAGUUCACGCUGACGGCGGCCGUCAAGUUCGACACCAGCGACCCGCAGCUGGUGUCUCGCCACGUCACGUACAUCGCCACCGUGGCCAGAGUGAUCGUGGUCGUGACCAACAGAGAGGACUCCGUCGCUCUGCUGAUGGAGGCAGAGCGCCAGGGCCUGAUGGGCGGCGACUACGUCUUCUUCCUGGUGCAACAUUUUGAGGUCAGUGGCGACGUGGACAACAUGUGGAAACAUAGCCUGAGCAGCCGCAUCAACCAAGCGGCCCCCCGAGCCUUCGACAUGGCCUUCAUCAUCGGCCAGAGGUUGUACGAAGGCUACGAGUACUAUGACUUCUUCAAGCAGGUUUUCGAGAGACUCAAAGGGCCGCCGUUCCUGAGCAACCUGACGUCUGAGAGAGAGGUCAGCACCUACUCGGUCUACCUGCACGACGCCGUGCUGCUUUACGCCAUGGCCUUGAAGGAGGUCUUAAAGGACGGCAAGGAUCCUCGUGACGGUCGUCAGAUUUUGCAGACAUUAAGAAACAAGAACAGUUUUCGCUUCUACGGAGCUUCUGGACUGGUACACUUUGACGAAGACGGGGAAAGAAACCUGGACUAUUCCAUCUACGACCUGCAGUACACAACGGGCACCGCCGCGUUCGUGCCCAUCCUCAAUUUUGACAGCAACAUCAAGAGAAUCCGACCAACGGCCAUGUUUAGUUCUGUGGUUUGGCCCAAAGGAAGACCUCCGUCUGACAACCCAGAGUGUGGUUUCAACAACGAGCUCUGUGAAUGGCUGAGCAAUGAUAUCGUGCUGAUGGGUCUCCUGGUCACCUUCCCUGUCAUUGGCGUGCUGUCCGUGUUGGGCAUCGGCGUCCUGGUCCUGCAAAAACUGCGACUCCAGACGAGACUGGAGGACUCGCGCUGGUGGCUCAUCAACUACAGUGACAUCAGCAUCAUCAGGGAAGCGACGGGUCUGCAGGGAUUGUCCUUCAGCACCACAAGGAGCCAGAGUGGGAGUGGAGGCUCCUACUCCACCUUGUCUACCAAAAGCUAUGGCCUGAGGGACAAGACGGGCAAAGAACGCAUCUACUCCACCAUCGGUCUCUACCAGGGAAACCAAGUGGCCAUCAAGUACUUGAAGGACCACGUUUGUGACAACCUCCAAAGACCCUCAGUCCUUGCCGAGUUCAACACGAUGAAAGAGAUGAAGCACGAGAACCUGGUGCAGUUCUUCGGGGCGUGCGUGGAGGCGCCAAAUGUGUGUCUUGUCACGCAGUACUGCAGGAAAGGCAGUCUGAGGGAUGUCUUGAAGGCCUCAGACGUUGAGCUGGAUGGGAUGUUCAAGCUCUCGUUUGCCUACGACAUUGUCAAUGGCAUGGACUUCAUUCACAAGAGCAGCCUCAAGUUUCACGGCAACCUCAAGACCAGCACCUGCAUGGUGGACAGCCGGCUGCAGGUUAAACUCUCCGGAUUUGGACUGUGGGAGUUUAAAUAUGGCAGCAAAGGCAAGCUAGUCUAUCCGGAAAGUUUCACAUACGAAGGGUUGUACUGGACAGCGCCUGAACUUUUGAGACAAGCCGACCACCCUGUGAAGGGAACGCCAAAAGCAGACGUGUUUAGCUUUGCCAUCAUCCUGUGGGAGCUCAUGUACAACUCCAGGAAUGGACCGUACCAUGACCUCAACCUUCUGCCGAAAGAGAUCAUCACCAGGCUGCGGGGGCCCUUACACGGGGAACCCAUCAGACCUGAGCUGUCCGAACUGUGUGAUGAAAACAUCAACUCACUGCUCAGAGUCUGCUGGAACGAAAACCCAGACCACCGACCGCCGUUUAGGUCCAUAUUGAGACAUCUGAAGGAAUCCAGCCCAGACAGCCAUGCAAAUAUCCUGGACAACAUGGUGGACAAGCUGGAGAAAUAUGCAAAUCACUUGGAGGAGGUGGUGGCGGAUAGAACCAAUCAGCUGGUGGCGGAGAAGGCCCGUGCAGACAUGCUUCUCUCCAGCAUGUUGCCAAGGUACAUCGCCGACCAGCUGAUGGCGGGUAAGUCGGUGGAGCCUCGCAGCUACGACUUGGUGAGCAUCUUCUUCUCCGACAUCGUGGGCUUCACCUCCAUGUGCUCGCUCAGCUCGGCCAUGGAGGUGGUCAUGUUCCUCAAUGACCUGUACAGCCUAUUCGACAACAUCAUCCGGAUGUACGACGUCUACAAAGUGGAGACCAUCGGUGACGCCUACAUGGUGGCCAGCGGUCUGCCCAUCAGCAACGGCCUGCAGCACGCCGUGGAGAUCUGCACCAUGGCGCUGCACUUCUUGAGCGCCAUCAAGCGCUUCCGAAUCCGCCACAUGCCCUCCGAGAGUCUGGCCAUCCGCAUCGGGAUUCACUCAGGUCCUGUGGUUGCUGGAGUGGUCGGCAGCACCAUGCCUCGCUACUGCUUGUUUGGCGACACGGUCAACACGGCGUCCCGCAUGGAGAGCAACAGCUUACCCUUGAAGAUCCACAUAUCUCAGAGCACCGCUGACCUUUUAGUGCAGGCGGGCUCCUUUGAGUUGGAGGAACGAGGAGAAAUCGAAAUGAAGGGCAAGGGGUCCCACAAGACUUACUGGCUGCUGAGCAAAGAAGGAUUCCACCUUCCUCACCAGCCUGCAGGAGCAGAGCAGAGCCUGCAGCCGGCAGGCCAGCCUACAGGAUGGUGCACGGCUGCAGACAACCCCACCCAGAGAGCUGCGGGUGACGCCACAGGCACCAGCAGCACCAUGCCUCCCGUGCACAUUUGAGCACUCACAUGGGAGUCACUCAGACACUUCAACAUCUCUGACAUCUUUGAUCGGUCAACAUUACAAAUGAAACAUCUUCUUAAUUGUCCUAUUCUGGGUAAAUAAAUGUUGAAUAAACAC